UCCUCCGCUUGCCAGUUCUUCCCCGCAAGGCUCUCGUUGAUCCGUCGAGGGUCGUGCACUCCACCGGCUAGCAAUAUAAUGGCGGAUCGCGACGCGCGCGGCGGCAUCUACGGCGGCACCCACACCGGCCAGCAGGGCGGCGGCGGCGGCCGGCCGGUGGGGGAGCAGGUGAAGGGCAUGAUCCACGACAAGGGCCCCACGGCGUCGCAGGCGCUGACGGUGGCGACGCUGUUCCCGCUCGGCGGGCUGCUGCUGGUGCUGUCGGGCCUCGCGCUGGCGGCCUCCGUGGUGGGGCUCGCCGUGGCGACCCCCGUGUUCCUGAUCUCCAGCCCCGUGCUCGUCCCCGCCGCGCUGCUCAUCGGGAUGGCGGUGACGGGGUUCCUCACGUCGGGCGCGCUGGGUCUGGGCGGGCUCUCCUCGCUCACGUGCCUCGCCAACACGGCGCGGCAGGCGUUCCAGCGCACCCCGGACUACCCGGACUACGUGGAGGAGGCGCGCCGCAGGAUGGCGGAGGCCGCGGCGCACGCGGGCCACAAGACCGCGCAGGCCGGGCACGCCAUCCAGAGCAGGGCGCAGGAGGCCGCCGGGGGCGGCGCCGGCGCGGGCGGCGGCAGGGCGUCCUCGUGAACGAGCUGGCCAGUGCACGGUGCUACCACUACGCGGACACAGCAGGGUACGUAGUGGAAUGCCCGUGUACGUUGGUGCUGUCCAGGAUUGCUCGUCGAUCUCCCCGACCGAGCUAGUGUGUUCGCUUGUCACCUGUGGUCUAGUGUGUUCGUGCUGGGUGCCGGGCUACUACCGGUGCGUGUCUGUGUUCCUCAUCGCUUCAGUUCGGAGCUGUGAAUAAGUAGCUAGGGGGAAUAAGGGAGGUGUCGGGAGCAUGUGUGUCUGGGACUGGGAGGAAACGCUCUAGCUCGAUCGAUGGCUAGUGUGGCUGCUGGGCACUGGGGUUGGAUAUAUGUGCUGUGCAUCAGCGUGGUAUGCUCUUCUCUGUCAUGGAAAGCAUUGGUGAAUGUAAUGUCUCUUCUGAAUAAUUUCGUGAGUUUUGUUAA